AUGUCAAACGCACGCAGACUGCGACAACAGAGAGAGCUCGAAUCGUUGAAAUCGUCUACACCAGAUCUGGAAACUCCGGAAGAUGAAGUUGCAGAAGAGAAGCCAAGUAAAGUAGGCAAUCCAUUCGCAGCUUUGGGGGCAGAAGAAGACAACAAUAGUGAGGAUGAGGAAGAAGAAGGCGAAGAAGAAGAGGAUGCCUCUACUCUGACGCCUACAGCACCUGCCGCGAAGAAGAAAAACAAGAAUAAAAAGAAGAAGAAGAGUAAAGGUGUGCAACAGGCAGCAUCUGCACAGCCACCUCAGCAGCCAGUCGACGAUAAGACUUACACUAGCAACAGACAAGCAAAAUUAGCGAGAAAGAAGCAGAGAGGACUUAACGAAAUUGAUCAAGCGUUGCAGGAACUGAACAUUAAAUAUCCAGAACAACAGCAAACUACUCAGACAUCAGAUACAAAGCAAAACUCCACGAUAAGCACACUUAAGGCGUUCCUAGGCAUAGAUCCUAAACAGCUCGAUGCUUCAGCAGAAAUGAAGAAAAUGUUUGGUGCUAAAGUUGUCUCAUCUGCGACAUCAAUGAAUAGCUAUGGUAUGGGUAGACAGGGACGCAACCAGCGCGCUCAAGCGGCAUUCAUGAAAGCUAUGCCACGUUCACAUCUUGCGAAAUACAAGCCGACAUGGCCACCACCGACGGUUGCCAAGCUAGACGGUAUAGGUAUGCGCACACUCACAUUGGAUGAGAUGAAAGAUUGGCGUGUGAGACACAACUUAGAUGACUCAUUCAAUUUGGGCGGAUCUGGAAAUAGCGGUGAUGGUAAUUGGUGGACAUUUGUACACGAACCACAAUAUAAGAGCGUACAACGUCAAUUCUUGGAUGCAACAGGCAGCUUUGAUCCUAACACACUUAUGGCACUCUUGCAAGUUUACCCAUAUCACGUUGACACUCUCAAUCAAGUUUCAGAAGUGUUCAGAAUGCAGGGAGACAACUCUAACGCAUCCGACUUCACAGAGAGGGCACUUUUCGCUAUUGAAAGAGCCUUUCCAACAAACUUUAACGUUCUCUCCGGUCAAUGUAGAUUAGAUUUCGACAGGGUGGAAAACCGUUCAAUCUGGCUCGCCUUGACAAGACUGAUCAAUCAUUUGUGUAUGAAAGGAUGUUGGAGGACGGCGUUCGAAUAUGCCAAGCUUAUGCUCUCGUUGGAUCCACUCACCGAUCCAUAUGGUGCGCUCAACUGGAUAGAUUUCCUCGCUGUCAAGGCUGGUCAACAUGACUGGAUAAUCAGAUUGGCGAAGGAAUGGCCGUAUAACAACACCACCAACAGUGGUGUUGUCGACUGUGCGAUACUACCUGGUGUGGCUUAUGCUAAAGCCUUGGCUGUCUAUUAUAAAGAAAAGCCAAGCAAGCAGCUCGACGAGACAGUAAAUGCAUUCGAAGAAGCAAUCAGUGAACAUCCUAUAGUCUUAGAACAGCUGCGGGAUAACGGUUUAAUCACCCUCUCACAAUCCCGUAACGAGAAGAUCAACCAGACUAUCAAAGCCAAUGAAGAACAUUACGCUAAACAUGCCGGAGCAUACCACGCCCGUAAUAUCGCAUUGGCUAAGGUCUACUAUGCUCAUAGUCAUCCACUCUACCGUGAUCCUAACAUACCUCUGCAAGAGAUCAUUAACCGAGCAAUCGAUAACCUUGAAAUGACGAGAGAAGAACAAGUGAAGAAGGCAGAGCAAAACAUAAUAAGGAAGAGUCUCAAAGUAUACAAAUUCCCAGAGAACGUUGCACGUCACGUAAUUAUAAACAAUUUGACGGACGCCAAGCAGGAUAUCCCACAGGUGUUCUCAGAAGGUGAUGCAUUCGACCCGGUAAGACCGUCGACGAGUGCUAGCGGAUAUAAUGAUGCAUACUUUACUGGUGUAAGGACGAGAGGUGGCCCUAGCGACAGUGCGGGUCCAGCUGCAGGCGGAAUUAUGUCAUUUAUCGAGAGUCUCCUCAGAGGGGAAUUUAAUGUGAAUGAUCUUGGUAGGAUGGACCCUAACAUGCGCGUCGUACUCGAAGACCAAAUAAAUGAGCUCCAACAGGCAGGUAUGGGCGGUAUGCCUGGCGGGUUUGGUGAGGAUGAACCAUCUGAGGAGAGUGAAAGUGAAGAAGAAAGCGAUACAGAACAGUCAGAUCCAAGUCUUGUUGAGAGGAUGAGCCGUAUGAUUGGACUUAACCGCGGGAAUGACAACGAUGAUAAUGUAGACUAAGAUACAAUUUACUAAAAAUACAUAUGCAAUAAUUCCAAAGUC